AUGGCCUCUCUUUCUACGUCGAAUAUACGUCCUAAACCGUGGGAGAGCCGAACAAUGAAUGAAGAAAGUCUGCCCAAUAACGACCAUGUUUUCAAUUUAUCGUCAAUAGCAAAAGUAUCAAAGAAAGUCACAUUUCAAGAAAACAAAUCAGGAAGAAAUGAUGUAUACCAAGAGCAUAAUGAUGCAUCUGACAAUGGCCGUAAUGAGGCUCCAGAAAUCCCCAACCCAUUGCCUGCGAAUAUGUUUAACCAAAAUCACAAUAAUUACGAUGAUCUUGAUAGAACUACAAGUAAUUGGAAUAGCAUCAAUCAAAACUCAAGUCUACCUGGAUAUCUAAAUUCUGCAUACUCUGGAACUCUAAACGGUUUUAGGAAUAAUUUCAAUUCCCCUUAUAAUAAUAAUAUGUAUGAACAAGGUAAUCCAUAUAGUUACAACAAUAUGAAUGGUAGUAAUAUGAAUAACUCCACUGAAUCAACUUUUCAACUAAUAGAAGGGGUUAUUGGCGCUAUAGGUGGAUUUGCUCAAAUGUUAGAAUCAACAUAUGUUGCGACACAUAAUUCUUUUUUUACAUUAUUAUCAAUCGCAGAGCAAUUUAAUUAUUUAAAGGAAGUGUUUGGAUCAGCAUUAGGAAUUUUUUUCUUUAAUAAAGUUUAUGAAAAAAUAUUAAACAUUGCAACACAUGGUACAAAGGGACUGCCAUCAUCUAAAAAUGAAUUGAAAUCAUCUAUGAUUAAAGAAUUUGUCAAAUUUCAACAAGGAAUCAACGAACGCAGAAGACAUAAAAUAUCAUGGAAACCGUUGCUGCUUUUCCUGUUCUCCAUUGUUGGAUUACCUUAUAUUUUAAAUAGGGUUAUCUCUAAAUUACAGACGAUAGAGUCUAGUCACGGAGUUAAUGAAAAGAUAGAUCUAUCAAACUUAGAGUUUGCAAGGGCACUAUUUGAUUUCAACCCUGAGAAUCGAAAAAUUGAAUUAACAUUAACCAAAGGAGAUUUAAUGGCGAUUUUGACAAAGAAAGAUCCUUACGGAAACACAUCUAAAUGGUGGAAAGUUAGAACUAAGAAUGGAGAUACAGGUUAUGUUCCAUCUAAUUACAUUGAAAUAAUACCAAGAAACAAAACUAAAAUAAAAGUAACGGCCACCGAAUAA